CGAGAGGAGGCGCGAGAGAGCGUUGCGUAUUUGUUGCGGCCCGCGGAGCGGACGGCAGCAAGAUCUAACCCCUCUGGGCUACAGAAGUGUCAUCACAGGGCAACAUAGGCGAGUCUCGGCCCGAGAGGUUCCGCGGCGGCCUAGUUUUAGCACAUUAGGCGGUCGCGGCUUUCGCCGGCUACCGCGGCGAGUGGAGCCCCCCGAACCGCCCGCAAACGCUUCUAGGACGACCGCGCCCGCUGCGAAAGACGCCCCCCGAGGCUUACAAGACAUUUGAAGCCCUGCCCGCGGAGGCGACCCGGCGACAUGGAAACCGCCGCCGAUAAGAUCGCCCCGCCCGCCGUCAAGGCCGAAGCCAAGCCCGAAGCCCCACCCAUACAAGCCCCCCCGCCGCCUGCACCACAACCGCGCCUCUCGACGCGCAACGGCGGCAUAAGACCGGAACCGGCCGCGCCGCGCGACCCGCCGCCCGCGACGCCCACGAAAGCCGCGACGGCGACGCGGCCCACGUCGUCGCGACGAUCGAGCGGCGGCGCGAAGAAGAGCCCGCCCCGCGCGGCGCCGACGUCCGGCAGCGCGCCGUGGUCGGCGAGCGAGGACGCGGAGCUCACGAGAUUGGUCCAAGCGAGAGGCCCGAGGAGGUGGCCCACCAUCGCCGCGGCCAUGCCCGGUAGGACCGGCAAGCAGUGUCGAGAGAGGUGGCACAACCAGCUCGAUCCAGCCGUCUCCAAAGCUCCUUUUACCGUCGACGAAGUGAGAACUAUACUAGUCGAGCACCACAAGCGCGGCAACCGCUGGGCCGAAAUUAGUAGAAUGCUGCCCGGCCGCACGGAUAAUGCGGUCAAGAACCACUGGAACGCUUCAUUACGAAGAAGGUUCGAACGGUUUGUGGCGGAGGAGGUCGGCCCUGAGGCCAUCCAGCAGCAGCCGUCGCGCGGCGACGCGCCGGGCCCGAAGGGCCGCGACGCGCCGACGCCGGCCUUCGAUUUGUCGGGGCCGUUGCUAGAAAAAGCCCUCGCCGCUUGUGUGGGCGGUGCGUCCUCACCAGCACCCGGUACAGGAGGGCGCGCGACCGGCGCGUCGCCGCAACGCAAGCGCCAGCGACGGUGGCAGGCGGCGCCGCGGCCGGGCACCUUCGCGGCUGACCUCGUUGAGGAAGUCCCGCGCGGGCGACUGGGCAAGCUCGCGACGGUCAAUGAAGAGGGCAAGCCCUCUAUUGUGCCCAGCACGCCGCGGCGCGACGGCGCGGGCGUCAACGGCGACGGCGCGCCGCUGCCGCCGAUUCCCGCGACGCCGUGCGUAUUGCGGCGUCCUUUCAUUCAUGUGACGACGCGGCUGACGACCAAAAAAUUCAAAGCAUAUUAGACUACCGAUCCGAAUGAGGACACACUAACUCUCUUCCCGACGCGUCUCUUUGACGCCAUCGCGGCGACGAGCGAACGACUCAUAGAUUACGAUACACACGCAGGCCCAAGAAGAUCUCGUUGCCGGCGAAGAGCCCGGGCGGCUCCAAGGAUCCCAAAUCAAAAAGGGAGAUCGUCGCGGCCGGGGCCUGUCGACACGAACUGCUGCCCGUGCCCGGCGUCGUUGACGACGCGGUCGCAGCUAAAUUGGCCGCCGAGCUCUGGGAGCAGGUCUGGCCCCUCCCGGCCUCGGCCCAGAAUAGAGCUGGAGCCGUCGCCGCGUCCGUGUCCGCGGCCCAAGGCAAAGACGGCACGCAAAUUGCGAGAACGAAGCGCUGGACGGCCGACGAAGCCCAACGGUUCGGGGAAUUGAUGGUGAGAUCUAGGAAAGACGUGGCAAGAGUCGCGAAGGAAUUGGGCGGCGGCCGCACCAUCGGCGACUGUCUGGGCUUCUACUACGGGCGCUGGAAGAUGACCGACGCGUACCGAGCGCUCAAGGACCAGAUGCGGCGCGAUAGGAAGGCGGGCAUGAUCAACGUGGGCGUGUCGUCUGCUGCUACUAGAUCUGCCUCAUAUGCGAGAGGUGAAUUGGGGCCGCCUCGUAGAAGGUCUGCGGGCGGUCCUCGGGCCUCGGCCAGACGUAGAGGUGGUGUCAUGCCCCCGGCCUACACGACGAAGCCCUUAACAGGAAUGCCGGCGCCGCCACCCUUGCCGAAGGAGCAGCUCGAGUUAAGAAGAGAGGUCUCCGAAGAUCCCGAGAAUCAGUGGCAGAAUCCUCUCAGAGGCUUGCGGCCGCCGCCGAACGACAUAUUAAGAGCGGCGACGUCGCUGCGGGGCGGCGUCUGCACCUACCAUGGGCACGACUGGUACGUCUGCACGGGCGGCGACACGUUAGAAUCCGUUGCGGGAGAAUUGGAACUUGCGGCCGACGUUUUAUGCUGCGUCAACGAGGCGGCGCGACGAGCUGGGGCAUUGAAGAACGGUGCCGAGGUCACGCCCAGCAAUAGUGUAGACCUGGAGAAGCCGAUCUUGCGAGGGUUUCGGCCCGAGGCGGGCGCUCCUAUCUUGUUACCUACAGCUACCCAGGUCAAGCCGCCACCUCUCCAUAAUAGAACAGGUAGAGAAGGUAGCGUCGUAGACUUCGAGGAGCGAAGGUGGUACGUCUGCCGCGACGGAGAAACGUGCGCGACGGUCGCUCGUUCGCUGUCAGGGGCUUAUCGGUUUGACGUUUCCAUACGGGAGGACGACGACGCUAGAUUGGCGGCCCAGGCGGCGCAAAACGCCCUGGAUUACUUACGUAGUCAAAGUGGAGAAGCCCCGGUCACGAGACAAGUACCGGAACCGGAGCCGCAACCCGAACCAGAAUUACCGGACGACCGCCUGACGGAACGGGCCGCAAGGUUAGUUGCGGAGGCCAUGGCCGUGCCUUCCUUGGUCUCCGUCCGCAAGGACACGAAGCUACCAGCUCGCACGUGUUUACCGCUACCAGAGGACAUGAUCAAUAGUAGGAGCGGCUGGCCCGGACAUGCUAUUAGGGUGGCACCACCUCUGGUGGAGGCGGAAGCCGAUAGAGCCGCUCUCAGGAAUGGGGAUGUCCUCGUGGAGGAGGCUUCGGGGCGGCGGUGGGCGGCGGCGAAGAGAGGAGAGUCCCAGCAGCAGGCGGCGCGGCGGUUCGGUGUGGAUGCUCGUCGCGUGGCCAAGGAGAAUGAUUUAACGCCCUGGGGGGCGGCUUUGCGGAGAGGCGCCGUGCCGGAAGGCGCGCCUUUACUCAUUCCCGAACCAGGGGCGGCCGCGAGGGACCGCGACGAAUCCCCAAGGCCGCACACGGUCCGACGGUCGCCGGCGGCUAGAAGCACACAAGUCACAUCACCUUCGAGACCGGCACCCUUAGCCUGCUCCGCCUGUCGAUUACUAGGCGGCUCCGCGAGUCGAUGCAGGAGGGAACUGCGCCACUCCGCCCCACCCUACUCGUUACCACCCGACGUCGGCACGCGAGUUAGGGUGAGGUGGCUCCCCGAAGGCAGCGAUGAGAACGGCCACCACAAACGGGCGUCGUGGUAUUUUGCUACUGCAACAGUCGUGGGCGAAGAGACCGCCGAAGGGACACGCAAGGUCGUGGUAGCCUAUGAUGAUGGCGGCGGCGACGACGAGAUCGAGUGGCCCGACGCCGACGCUAUUAGUCUACCAAAAGAUCAGACGAACUUGGCCCGAGCGGCGGCCGUCAGCGAGGACCAGAAGAAGAUCAAGGGCCAGGCCUUCAAGCUACAAGGUGAUAGUAGGGACUAUCGGGUCAACGACGUGUUUUAUUCGGUCGAGGAAGGUAUUGACGGGGUCGUGGUACAGUACUACGACACGGGCGUCUACAAGGAGCCGCCGUCAGAUAAGGAUAGCCACGCGUUCGAGUGGGCGGCCUUUGACGACUUCGAGCAGCGGGCCACUGUCGAGUCUGAUGCUUCUCAGUUCGGGCGCGGGGCUCGCAGAGCGCGGUCACCGCGCGCGUCGCUGGAGGGGCGGUCGGACUCGCCGCCGCGGAAGAAGCGGCGAUGAGUGGGUGCGGUGGCAAUAAGUUAUUUAUUAGAUACCUUGGUAUCUGUUUCGCUGCGUUCGGCAUCGGCGUUCGCGUCUGCGAGUUGAAAAAUCGGGUUUUGCAAGCCGAGUCAGCGCCGCGCAAGCCCAAUAACACCGCAAAACGCAAG